AUCGGUUGCUACCUUGAAUUUUGUAAGCCGGCCGGCAGACUAUUAUGCAAAAUCUACUAGCGAAAUUCGACAUUUAGGCAUUUUCUAGUGGAUUUCAGUUGCUUGAAUCGCGUGCGAUAGUUGCGUCUGCAUAUCGAUAGGGAGCGAAGACAGUGGAAAUAGAAAACACAGAAAACCGACUCCAUAGUGAAGCGUGCUCGUAAGAAAAAUCGGCGAGGUAAGGAAAUAAAAGCGGCUAAGAAAAUUGAGAAUUUUCCCUGAGGAGAGCAGUGCAUUUUAUUAAACCAUUCGAAGACGCACAGUGAAAGACGCAAUCGUAAAGAAGCGAAAUUUGCUUGCGUGUGUGUGUGUAUUGGUAGGGGACGCCACUGCAGAGCCGAGAGAGCGCGCGCAUUUCGCGAAGAGACGUCUUGCCGCAAGAAAACACGAACAGCAGCAGCAAGAGCAACAGCAAAGCAGCCAUGGAAGAGGUUUCGGUAAAGAAGCGCGGUAGGCCCCCAAAGAACCCUGGUGCAAGUCCGAGCGUGGUGGACGCCGCCGCCAUGAUUCCGAAGAAGCGUGGUCGCCCACCAAAGAGUGCUAAGGCUCAGCGCGGCCGACCGUCAAAGAAACCAAUCAAUCUAAGCGAGAGCGAGGGUGAAGGGGAUGGUGAUGACGAUUCCUAUGAGAAUGUGGCAAAGACUGUGGCAUCGCCCCAACUGUCGUCCAAGGGCCGCGGUCGCCCACGCAUCAACAACUACGAUGCUGAGGUCCCAGCUAAAUCAAAGACCACAUCGUCCAAGCGCCGCAAGCUGGGCCGCCCCAAGAAGCAUCAGCCCAGUGAGAGCGAAGAUGAGAAGAGCGACGAUGAUGAUGAAGAGGUUCGUCGCCCGCCGGGACGUCCUCCGACUGGGUCCGUCAAUCUGAAUAUUGUGCGCACCGGACGCGGCCAGGGCAGGCCUAAAACACAUGUGGAGAAACGUCCCGCUGCCCCGGCAGCCGAAUGGACCGGUGAUGGACCUGCACCCAAGAAGCGCGGUCGUCCAGCAUUGAACAAGCAAGCUUAUGUGCCAACUGGUCGUCCACGAGGUCGUCCAAAAGUCAACAAGCCUGUUGAGGAGGAGGACGACGAUGACGAAGAAGAGGAAGAUGAUGACUCUGUGGAGGAGCAGAUCGUGCAGCCUGAGAAACCAGCUGCCGCUGCAUCUGCCCCUGUAGUUAAGAAGCGUGGACGCCCUGCAGGACCAAACAAGCUGUUGAAUGAGGGAGCUCCCAAGCCGCGCGGACGUCCGCCAAAAGCCAAUCACAGCGCCUUGAACCACGACCAGGAUGAAGACGAUUCCAAUGAUGAUGCCGCAAGCAAGAAACCAGCCGAUCGCGCCCGCGCUUUUAACGACGCUUACGAAGGUGCAGCCUCUUCGAAGGAUGACUCCAAGUCGACAUGCGACGGCGAGGCCGCCAAUGAUACCGCCGAAAUCGUUGAUUCCGAGUCCGAUGCCGCAGGUCCCGAAUCAGGCAUUGCCUAAGCAUCUCGACAUUUAUAUUAAUUUUAGGUAUACAACAAACAUAAGAAAUAAUACCUUCGGCACCACAGAUCACAUAAUACAGGAAAGGAUCCAGAAACUUUCCAUUCCCCCCCCCCCCCCCCCCCCCCCCCCCCCCCCCCCACACACAAUUCAGGACAGAACCCUCUAUAAAUACUUACAUAUAUAGGGCUAAAAAUUUUGAAAUCUGAAAUUUUUGUCCCCGUAUAUUUAUUUUGCAUAUUCCAUUUGCUUUCAUUGAAGUAUUUCAAUCGUUUCAAAAUGCAAAUGCACAACACAUCCUAUUUCUAAGAAAGCGAAAGUAAGAAAAAGAAAUGUAUUUCUUCUAUAAUUUUCACUAAGAAUUGUUCAAAAUGACUACACCGUUUAAAAAUUAAAA